AUGACCACACUGCACGCCUCCUUCACGAGUUCAUUCUCGAUUCUCGAUGUUGUAUUACUGUCUCUCGCUGCUUUAGCUUAUGGCGUACAUCGCCUCUUGAGGGUACCUUCUCACCUGCGGCACAUCCCCACAGUUCCACUGUGGCCGCUCAUGAAGAGCUAUCUGUUGGGGGAGUGCGAAGAGCAACGGGUAAAACGGCUGGUCCUUCCUUUUGCCAAAGAGAACAACACGCACGUCGUCCUCGUCUUCUGCCUCGGGGACUGGAUGGUACAGGUCCUCGAGCCCAAAAUAGGGAAGGAGUUGCUCGAGAACCCCGCUGUACGCAAGCAGCAACAGCCCGACGACAUGCUGCUCUGGAGGCUCAUAGGGCGCAACAACGUCUUCAUGUCCGACGGCGAGAUGUGGAAGCGGCAAUCCAGGAUAAUGCGCGACGCACUCCGACAGACGACUCCCAUUGACGUCUUCACGAGCCUCGCGCGCACGACGUUCUCUCUUAUCGGCGAUGGUGGCCGGGUUCGAUGGAGCGACUACACGAACCGCUACACCCUCGACGCGGUCGGGACGACGGUCAUCGGCUACGAUUUCGAGGCCCUCGCCAAGCCUCAUGGCAACUUUGUCCGGCGGUAUCACGACGUCAUGUCAGCGAUCGCUAGUCCUGCGUACGUCGUACUCCCAUCGCUUGAACGCUGGCUUCCUCGUUGGAGUGUCCGCAAGAUGGUGGACAGCUUCGUCGACGACUUCUGCAAGAUCCUUCAGGAGAAGCGCGAAAAGCCUGGCAACGACGUGAUUACGCACAUGUUCCAGGAACCAGGCAUGACGGAGGUCGAAUACCGCGACAAUGCCAUCGUGACCUUCAUCGGCGGCCAUGACACGACGGCGGGUGCCCUCGCCACAACGGUGUACUUCUUAGCACGCUUCCAAGACAUACAAGCUAAGUUACGCGAGGAAGUCCACCAGGUGUUAGGCGAUGAAGAUCCGCGGGCAGACCACUACCACCAUACCCCCUACCUGAACGCCAUCAUCCGCGAAUCCAUGCGCUACAACACCCCCACGAACGUCACAGUGCCGCGCAUCGCCGACGUCCCUGUGCAGGUCGGAGGUUACAUGGUCCCAGCGGGCACCGCGAUGGCGCUCAACAUGUGCGCCGCGCACCACAACGAAGCCGUAUGGAGCGCCCCCGCCAUCUUCGACCCCGACCGGUUCCUCGACGAAGCGAAGAUCGACUCGGGCAACUGGGUCUCAUUCGGCCUGGGCCCCCGCCGGUGCCCCGCGAAGAACUUUUCGCUGUACGAGCAGCGCGUGCUGAUCAGCAUGCUCCUGCGGGAGUACCGGUGGACGCUGCCCGAUGACUCGCCGCACCGGGACUUCCUCAAGAACGGCUUCUCGGCGUUCGCGCUGAGCCUCCCGGACAACGUCGAGAUCGACUUUGUCCGGAUCGCGCCCAACACGACGUUCACGCCUAUGUAACGAUUUUUCCUCCAGCCGCGUAGCUUACCGCGCUCCAUG